AUGAACGUUGAAAAUCAUCAUCAUCAUCAUUCACCAGCAUUAUCAUCAUCAUCAUCAUCCACUACAUCAACUGAAUCUACACAGGUAAACGGUGAAAUAGGUCAUCCUUUUAGUAUUGAUCGUUUAUUGGAACAAAAUCAAUCAUCAUUGCCGAAAUCAAAUUUUAAUCAAUUGUUUUUACCACAACAACGAACAAUUUUCGAUACAAAUUUUCUACAGAAUCAAACAUCAUCAUCAUCAUCAUUAUAUCAUCGACAUCCAGCAUAUUUAUCGAAUGAAAUUAAUAAUAAUCAAUUGAUCAAAUUGAAUCAUCAUAAUCAAUUACAGCUAACAGCAUCAUCUUUAACAUGGCUCAAUACACAAUUGAUCAAACAACAACAACAACAACAACAGCAACAGCAUUCAUCAAUGAAUCCAAAUAGUCCAGUUAAAUGUCAACUAAGACGUCAUAAAUCGAAUCGUAAACCACGUACACCAUUCACCACACAACAGUUAUUGGCAUUGGAGAAAAAAUUUCAUCAUAAACAAUAUCUAUCCAUUGCUGAACGUGCAGAAUUUUCCAGUUCAUUGAAUUUGACCGAAACACAAGUGAAAAUUUGGUUUCAGAAUCGUAGAGCCAAAGAAAAACGGCUAAAAGAAGCAGAGAUUGAAAAAUUGCGAUUAAAUUCACGUUCAUUAUUACAUUUAUCAUCAUCGGUCAAUCAUCGUGGUAUGCAUCCAUCGAUUAUUCCAAAUAUAGCCAAUUUGGCUCAUACCAGAAUGUUGAAUUCAUUGACAACAUCAGAAUCAUCCACACAACAACAUCAAUCAUCAUCGACCGAUUUAAUUAGACAGUUAGCAUUAUUCAAUCAUCAUGCAAAUCAUUUGAUGGCUACCGCAACUCAAAAAGACAACAGCAAUAAUAACAACUUAGAAAAUUUAGCCGUUAAUCACGUUAAUAAUACAUGAAACGGAACAACAGAAUGUCCAUUGUAUUGGACCAAUCAUAAGAGAAGUUCAAUCCAUUUUAAAUUCUUGUGUGUAUUAUAUAUUAUUAUUAUUUAUUUAGAUAGUUUUCUAAUAAAUUGAUUAAAUUAAA